AUGUCUACCGACCACAGUCUCGUUUCAAAUAUCGUUGCUCGUCUUGGAUUUUGUUCAACAAUGAUUUUCGGAACCAUCCAGAUUCUCCUAACUUAUUUUGUCAGCCGACACGUAUUCGGAAGUUAUAAGAUUCUGAUCACAUUGUUUGCGGCAUUUGGGAUGACUUUUGCAGUUGUUGAGGUGGUCGUUUAUCCGAAUGUGCACAUGCUCAACACCGGAGCUCUCUACUUUACCCUUUCUAGACCUUUCAAUGCCAACUUGGACGUUUCAAAAGUUUUAUUAGCGGUUUACACAUGGUUCUAUGCAUUCACAAUCUCACUAUUAGCCGUCUUAUUCAUUUACAGAUAUCUGGCGGUUUUCAAUCAACAAUACCUGCGAUUCUUUCGUGGAUUCUCAAUAAUCAUUUGGUUAUCCUACUGCUCUUUUUUCGGUUUCCAGUACUCUGUUGGCACAUACUGUUUCAUGUAUUUUGACGACGUCUCGUUUGCUUAUUUCAAAGAUGAAGUACCUCUUCGCUAUAACAUGACACUUGCUGAAAUUCCAGCAAUGGGAAUUGUAGUCUAUGACCCAACAACGGGAGCAAUUAGAUGGUGGAACGUGAUGUGUCUUCUGAAUAUAUUCACAAUCAUGACUAUACAAUAUACUAUUAUGAUUUGUUGUGGACUCAAAAUGCAUUCUGAAAUGGAGGAGAAGAUAAAGUAUUAUUCAGCAAGUCUCAGAAGACACCAUCAGCAAUUUUUCAAGACAUUAGUCAUUCAGAUAUCUGCUCCUACCAUGACCUUAUUUGCUCCAUUAGUUUUUAUAAUUUGUCUUCCAAUGUUCAACAUGGACAUAGAUAUGUCAGUUGGAGUACUGAUAUGUAGUUUUACAAUGUAUCCAGCGAUUGAUGCACUGAUUGUGAUGUAUGUUGUGUCCGACUAUAGGAAGGUUGCAAUCAAGCUGUGCAAAUCAAUCUACAAGAGAGUCAGAACAACGUUUUGGGGGUCGAAAACGGCAGAACGAUCAGAAGCGAAGUCAGCAAAACGAGCGGAUCCCGCCAGCACGUCUACACAAAUUGCCAAUUAA